AUAUAAAAACACUAACUUUAUUAUGCCUCAAGAACACACAAAUACAACUUAUAGAAGAAUCAGUAUAAAUCGGUUUGGUUUUACCUGAUAAAAAUGUCUUCUAUUUUGAUUUAAACGACCUGGAAAAUGAAAGCAAUGAUAUAAUUCAAUUGAAACAAAAUCAAAAGCUAUAGCCAAACCUAGAAAAAUACACGACAGAUACCUUUCUUGGAAGAUCGGAAUCUAAAGCUCCCUGCAAAAGAGUAAAAGACCGAAUCAAUUGGACAUGCAACCCUAAAUCAGCCACCAGUUAAAUAGGAAUAAACGAGAUUGUACCUACGAUUCAGAAUCGAAGAACAGUUGUUAGGUUUUAGAGAUUCAGAAUCGAAAUAGAAAUAGGAGAUUAAUGUGUUAUUAGAAGAGAUUAAUUUUUUAGAGUCAGACCAAUCGGGAAAAUAAUUGAGACGAAGAGAUAGAGGGGAGAUAGAGAGAGGGAAGAACCGAAAAAGAAAAAAAUGAAUUAAGUGAAAUUGGUAAGCCCGGGCAAAUGAAAAUUUUGUCCGCCUAACUUAUUCGUAGCGCUUCCGCACUAAAGUGCUAUGUAAAAUGACUAUUAAAAUUCGGCCCAACUAAAGAUAGCGUUUACAAUUUUAUAACCGCUAUAUAAAACCCAAUUACAUAUCAACCAUAGCAGAAACGAAAAAAACGUUAUCCUUCUCCGCUAUAAAAACCUCUUUUUCUUGUAGUGAGCCAUUUAUGAGAAUUGCCCUAAUUUUAAUUUAGUUCACAACUAAUUUUUAGUUACACAUAUUUGUUUACAUGUAUUUUGAUGAGACAUAAAGUGAAUACAUUGCAGGUGGUUUUUAUGUUUGAAAUUAUAAUUAAGUAUUCAUAAAACUUUCCUGAAAAAGUUUAAUUCCAUUUGAAAAUUAAUAAAUAGCUUUUUCCUAUUCUUAGUUUCCAAAAACUAAGUUUUCUAAAAAAAUAAUUAAAACCUUUAUUUUUAAGAUAAUAGUAACUUAUAAGGCAACAAACUGCUCAAAAAUACUAAGAAAAAUAUAUAAUGGAAGCUAAUUCGAAAUAAGAAAGCGAUUCUAGAUACUAAUUUCGUAUAAAACUAUAAAACAAAUCAAAUAUAGGAAAAUAUUAUGUGGGAGAUCAAUCUAUUUGGAAAAGGAAAAUAAGAUGUUUCGGAUAGAGAUACUUGACUAGUCGGCUCAUCCUUGUUUUAUAAGUACACUCUCAGUGCUUUGUUUGAAACCAAAAGAUAAAUUAUCAUUAGUGCUUUGUUUCUUGCAGUGCACUCUUCUUCGUUUUGCUUUCGACAUAGGAUUUCUGGGGAGGGGAUCUUAGGGAUUCGUUUACGCUGCAGUAAAACAUCAAAGCUACCAAGGUACGUUAAGACUUUCAGUGCAUUAAUUCUUGCGCACAUCCAGUUGUUUUUGGCGUAUGCAUUAGUUUGAUUCUUUUGAAACUGUCUUUCUAGGGUUUUGUUGUGAAGCAUCUUCUAAUUGAUUCAGAAAGAUUUAAUAUGGCUCAUCCAAGGGACUUAAAGUUCUCUCCGAUUGACCAGAAUUUGGUGGGGUAUUAUCUACGCAACAGAGUUGAUACAGGAAAAGAUGGUUUCAUCACAGAUAUCAAACUUUAUGAAAACGAGCCGUGGCUUCUUCCGCACGUCAAGAAUGAUCAGUUCAAAGAGAACAUGUGGUUUUACUUUGUUGUUAGGACACGUAAUUUGGGGAGCAGGCCCAAACGCACGGUUCCCGGUAGAGGAAGCAGUAACGGCGGAACUUGGACGACAAGUGGCGUAAAGAAGGCGAUCACUGACCGUAACAACCCGAAGGUUGUGAUCGGAUACAAAACAGAACUCGCGUACCACAAGAAAGUCAAGGGAAAGCCUAAAGGAGACACCACUGGUUGGUGUAUGACGGAGUAUUGGCUUGCAAGUGAGAACGAUGCUCAGUUCCAAGAAGUAGUCUUGUGUCAUCUCCGUGACAAUAACAAGAUUGUCGUUGACCAGUCCCCAGAGAGAAAAAACGGAGACAAUGACAUCGUCCCAGAGCAGCCACAACAAGAGAACAGCGAUGACAACAACAAUAUGUUUGACAACAAUAGACUCCUUGAACAACGGCCACUGAUUCCUCCUUUUGAAGCUGAUGAUUCAAGAUUUUCAGUUCAAUACAUGACCCCUUCUGGUGAAGGACAGGGAUUGGGACUUCAAACCAUUAUGGGAUAUUCUGAUAAGGCCACUCAAGAACAACAACAUCCACCGAUUUCUCUUCCUCCUCAACGUCAAGAUUCCGGAAGGAUAAACAACGCACUUGUAAUCAUGGAAGAUGAGUGUGUUAACCAAGAUGAAAUAUUCAAUCUAGCUGACCUGGAAGCCGGCAUCACUCAUCCACAACAACAACAUCGUCAGAUGAUGAUGGAUCCUUAUGAUGAUAUAUCUUUCUCAAGAUUGGCAAUGCCGAACAACCUGAUUUACUUUCAAGAUUCAUGGCAUCAAGAUACCUCUCCAUGGAACAACACCAUAACCACCAAUCCUCGUGGACUCAUAUUCAAUACUCAUGGAUAUGACAUCCAAGAUCAAACUGUCACCAAGGGAGUCAAUCAAGAUUCAUAUUAUUAGCCGGCAUGUUCUUCUGAUGCAACACAAGAGCAAAUAAAGUAGUCAAACAUAGGAAACAUGUAUAGUUCGUUGGAUUUUUAAAAGUUUGUAAAUGAUCUUUGUGUUUGAUUAAACCGAUCCAAACACCCUUUUAUUGAAAUCAAAAUUUUCUGGAGCACUCACCUGCUAAUGUGAUACCACCGAUAACGCCUAAAGAAACUCCACGCAUGAGUUAAACAUUGGAAAAAGUACAGUUCGUUUGGUUUAAUUACGCUUAAGUCACUGCAUAGUUCGGUUGCCAAAUUUGGAUUUUAAGUGAGACUUUAUCUUUAUGUGCUUGAUUCUAAAGAAAGCAAGGCCUAAAGAGCUGAAAGAUACAGCUACGAGGCUGAUUUAUUUUUUUUUAUUUUUUUUGUCAGCAAUUUACUCGUAUAGACUCUGCAAACAAAAUGGCAGUUCCGCAUCCAUAUGGACAACCAACUAAGGUUGCUUUCUUGCAUUGUGUACUAGACUAUCCGCCGUUGAAUUUUGCGUCCGUGGUAUAUGAAUGAGCUCUAAACUGUUGAAACUUCUCUUCAAGAUCUUUAUGUCUUUCAAGUAACUUGCAAAGGCUGGCUAUUCUUUCUGGUUCCGAAACCAUCUUCACCAACUAAGAGCAAUAUGUUGCAAAUGUAAUUGUAAACUGUCUUAGAUUCGUCUUGCAUUCCAUUGCCCAAAUGAGAGUCUCUAUCUCCGAGUGAAGUGGCGACUGACUCGCUCUUGUAUUCCUUGCUCCGAUUAAACCUUCAAAACCUUCCAGUGUGCUAUAUCACCCUUGUCCCGAAAUGAUUUCCUGAUUUUUCCAUGAUCCAGCCGUAAACACCAUCUAGCUAAGAUAGACGGUGAUAUUGCUUCUACGGGUACUCGAGUUUGAUCGAAUCCCUGUGUUAGUGAAAUCUGCUCCUCAGCCCAAAGUAAUGACUUUGUUUCUGCCAAUCUGAGAGUAUCUCUUGGAUCAAUAUACAAAUUGCUAAAUACCUUGUUGUUUCUUCCUUUCCAUAUGUACCAUAAUAUCAAUGCCAAAAUUGAUGAUCUUCCAAUUCCAGAUAGACCCUCCAAAAUAAAUGAUCCAUGUGUUGCAAAGAGUGACUGAGUGGAAAAGUUAUAUGGAUUCGAUGGAAUUCGUGAGAGUGCCCAAACCUGAACCGCCGGUGGAAAUUCAAAAAAUCUGAACGAGCCUGAUUAAUUUAUUUGGUUAAAAUGUUGAGUUUGAUUUUUGAUUAAAUUUUAAGAAAACUGUUUCUGAGAAUAAGAAAAGAAAAAUAUAUUCUUUAUCUUUUCAUAAUUUCAUAGUUGGGAAAUUUGCUAAAUAUGACUCAAAACUUGAUUUUAACUCCAAAAGUAUCCCAAACUUGAAUCAAAUGCAAAAGUAACCCAAAAGGCUAGUGAAAUUACAACCAGCCAUUUAUGACCAAACAAAAAAACCAUAAUUCAGUUUUACGAAUAUAACCCCGUAGAGUCUUCUGAGAUUUUGUAAGUCUUCUGAGGUUCUGUAAGUCUUCUUGAAGACUUCCAGGAAGUCUUCUCAUAUAGUAGAUCUUAAAAAUAAUUUAUAAUUUUUGUAAAAAAAAAAUUGAUAGGGAAAAAAUUGAAAUCAUGUAAUUAUAAACGGUUGUAAGUGAUAUAAAUUAAAAUAUAAUAAAAUUCAAUUGUUUUAAACUUAGAUGAGUGAAAGUAGUGCGUCAUGAUAUUCUCAGGUUUAGGGUUUGACAACAAAUGUUGUAGUAUUGUAUGUAUUCUUAGUGUUAGAUUUUGGAAUCUUAACUUUUUUCUGAAUAAUUAAAUUUUUGACAUAUAUGUAUUUAGUUUUGUGUAUGUUAAACACUUUUUAAGUUUAAUGAAUUGUUUGUUUCUAUUAAUUAGUUAUUUGAGUUUAAAAUUUAUAUUUAUGGUCUAGACGACUUCCAAGAAGUCUUUUGGUGAUUAGUAUUUUAUCAGUUAGAAGACUUCCAUGAAAGUCUUCUAACUCCCGCUAAUAAUAUUUUAACUCCCGCUAUUAAUAUUUUAGUUUCCUACUUAAAAUAUUUUAGUUUCUAGAAGACUUUCAAGUAAGUCUUCUAGGAAGUCUUCUAAUAGAUGGCUUACUUGAAAGUCUUCUGAAUCGAAAAAAUUUAACCUUAUUGAAAUUUUGUCUCCCUUUUUAAAAAAAAUUUUACACAUUCUCUUUCUUCCUCUCAAAUGGCUGCAACAAAAAUGUAAUGUUUUUCAUUCUAAAACUCUUCAACCUCUCUCUAAUCUCUUUGAACUUAAAAACAUCAAACUUUAUAUCAAUUUAUAAUUGUUUCAUGUCUUCUCACUGAUUUAUUUUGUUUUUGCAGGUUUUUCAUUACAUGGUUCUCAUCUUCUACUCCUUUAAAGAUAGAUCUAUAAAUCAUAUUUUCUUAUUUGGUAACCUAUUGUGGCUUAAACCUCUUACCUUUUGAAAACAAAUUUGGUUGUUUUAAGCUCUUACCUUAUUUUUGAAGUUUUUAUAUGUUUUGAAGUCAUUUGAAUAUUUUUGAAUAUUUUUGGAAAUGCAGGUUUUUCACAUCUAAGACAGACGUGGAAGAAUUUCCUAGACGUCUUCUGACAUUUAAUGCACUAGAAGACUUCAUGGAAAUAUUCUGGAAGACUUCUGGCGGAAUCUUCUUCCAUGUAUCUUCUUUCAUUUCAAAUAUGAGUGUUUUGGUAAGUUUAUAUGUCUGAUUUUUCUUCAUUUGGUAACCUCUAGUUACUUAAAGCUCUUAUCCUUUUCACAAUUUUAUCAUUUUUUGUAAACACCAAAAUUUAUAUCAAUUUAUCAUUUUUUGUCUCAUGUCAUUCUCACUAAUUCAUCUUUCAUUACAUGGUUAUCAUCUUCCACUCCUUUAAAGAUGGAUCUAUAAAUCAUAUUUUCUUAUUUGGUAACCUUUUAUUGCUUAAAACUCUUACUUUUUGAAAAUUCAUUUGAUUGUUUUAAC